AUGGCCUCUGCGCAGAUUCAAACGUUUUUGAAGAACCCUGAAGAGCAGAUUUCGCGAGAGCGAUCUCUCGAGUUCUUGGAUGCCAAGUUUACGACGAUACAAGACCUAGAGGGACUAAGCCACCUCGAGGAGAUAGUCCAACAAGCAAAAGACGAGAGCAAUGAAAUUGGGGUUCAGCUCAGCUUUCUCAAUCUCGACAAACCGUAG